AUUCAAACCGUCACCUGCAAGUACAAGAUGGCAACAUAAGCAAGAUGUGCGAAAUCCCGCAACAACUUCUUGAAUACUUGCUGGGGAGUAUAUAGUACUGCGAAGGACAACUUGGUCUUCAAAACAAAGGUUAAAUGCGGAAAUUUGAUCCAGGUUAAGGAUUUGCUGCUCCCUCCUCCUGAAGUUUGACGGUCCUUUUGCCAUUGUGGGAAUCCCCCAUUUCUUUGGAUCUUGUAUUGAACCCAAAGGCUUCCAUUUGUGCGCCACCUCUUCCAAAGUAGCGAUGAACUGAAAUGUUUUAAUUGUGAUGGAAGCUGACACCUUUUGAGGAGAAAGACCUCCCUUGCAUUUUGUCCAGUAUUAAGUGGAACACCUUACUUGCUAAAGCACAAGGAAUGCACUGCCAUGGCGACCGCAGUUGGACAAAAUGAAGUUGUAUUUGAAUUUACAAAUAAUGGCAUGGAAGACACACACGAGCUUGGUGGUUCUUGUAUUUUCCCUGCUGUCAUUGUGGAGCAAGUACCCAAUGCAAACCUGCUGCAAGACUAUUCUGGUCUUGCUUGUGAUGAGGAAACUAAUGGAAUGAUUAAUGACAGCUCACUGGAUGUUGCCGAAGAGCAAGUUAUUGGAACGGACAUCACACUUUCAGUGGAGGCUUCCUGUCAAAAUGGAGAUGAGACGAUGGAAACUAUUGAAGCUGCUGAGGCGCUGCUCAAUAUGGACUCACCUGGCCCUGCCUUUGAAGAGAAAAGGAUAACUCAUGUGUUCAUGCCUUCAACAAGUGGGGUGGACCCGGCUCCCAUCACACACAUCUCUGUGCGGGACGAUGGAGUUCCUGAAGUGGUGGAGAACACACAAGAGAUUAUCCUGAUGCAGGAAGCUGCCCAUCAGGAAGUGGUCAGCGAAUCAUUGGAGCAAACCAAAAAAAGGAAAGGAAGGAAACCCAAAACUUUGCGUCCAGCCUCACCGGUGACAAAUCCAGACCUGCCUGCGAAAAGAAAAAACAAAGAUGGCAAAGGAAACACAAUCUACCUCUGGGAAUUUUUGCUGGCAUUGCUUCAGGACAAGAGUACAUGUCCGCGAUACAUCAAAUGGACUCAGAGAGAAAAGGGCAUCUUCAAGCUAGUUGACUCAAAAGCUGUGUCCAGACUUUGGGGAAAACACAAAAAUAAGCCAGACAUGAACUACGAGACGAUGGGUCGAGCUCUCCGGUAUUAUUAUCAACGAGGAAUCCUUGCUAAGGUGGAGGGACAGCGGUUGGUCUACCAGUUCAAAGAGAUGCCCAAGAACCUGGUGAACAUCGAUGAUGAUGACCCCAGCUUCACUUCGGAAACCCAAGAGAACCCUCCUAAUCUUGCAGCUUACGUGCUUCCAUCAGCUUCAGCAUCCUGUUCAUCUCCAACUGUCCUGUCCUCAGUCGUCAUGAGUAGUGUCCAAACCCAGCAACCCAGGGUUACUUCGUGUGUGAUGUCAGGUGUUAAGAAAGCUUUACCGCAGCCCACUCCCGUGGUCACGCCUGUGAAGGCAGCAGUUGAGGAGCGGUCAGCACACCUACUGCCACCGGAAAUGGUGAAGGGUGUACAACCCACUCAGAAGCUGCAGCCAACCAGCGUCCUCAAGACCGUACAGGUUGUACAGUCAGCAUCGCCUCGCCACGAAGGCCAAAAGGUCAUCACCAGAAACGUACCCGUCUCCGCACCAAUGAAUGUGUCAGCUCCUCAGUCAGUGAGAACAAUAAAGCUGUCAUCACAGGUUCCCGUGGUUGUGUCACCAGGAACUCAGCGAGUUGGUACAGUCACGUUACAAACUGUCCCCCUAACAACUGUGAUCACGAGCACUGAUUUAGCCAUGUCCUCGCCCAAGUUUGUUUUCCAAACAGUUCCAUCGUCUCAUCCGGUCACUGUGCUGAAAGAAAACAUUGCUUUGCAAGGGAGUUCGGUCUCUGCCAAGCUAGUUACUCCAACAUCUCUCGCUCUGGGUGGCACCAGUGAUCAGCAAGUUCUUCCAACCAGUUCGCAGAUAUCAAAUAAUGAGACACAAGCUCUGCCAUCACCUGGUGCACUGAGUGCUGCCACUCCAGUCGUGACCUUUGCAGCUACCAGUCAGCACGUGGUGAGCCAGCCACAAGGCACUGUCUUUGCAUCGGUCAUCAAAGCACCAGAGACGAAACAAGUUUCGACCAGGCAGGAGAGCCAGGAAGCAACCAGCCAGCAAGUCGAGCAUGGAACCCAGCAAUCCCAUGUCAUAGUGCUCACAAAUGCGGGUAUGCUUCCCAGCCACAUGGUAUUUAGAGCAGGUGAGAACAGAGUGGUGGACACACAGUGACUUUGUUAGGAUUCCCUUUCUCGUGCCCCAUUCCCACCUUUUUUCUUUAAAGUAAAGCUAGAUCUAGAAAAAAAUGUAAUUUCAUGUUGGUUGACUAGAUUCAACUCAACGUGUGUAGUUUAACGUUGUAAAUAAAGGGUUUGCAGGUAAAAGGUGCUACUAAACUGGAGGAGGUGGCAGUGGAUGACGUGAGAAACAUUAUCUUAGGACAACCAUUCAAUGUUUUGGUUACCUGUUUUGUAUGAAUUUCUUAUUAGGGAAGUUUGGAGUGGUAAAAACUGAAUUUCUUACACUUAUCAAGCACACUACCCUGCAUCUAGGCUAUAAUUUGAUCCUGCCAAACUUUAAUUGCAUGUCUGUAGUCAUUCUGCAUUGCCACAGCAUGGCCUUUGUUUGGGAAGUUCCACUUUGUUCGCACUGGAAUUGUUUGUGUUAAAUUUUAUUGCAUUGUAAAUAUGGGGUCUGUCGGUAAGGCUCAAGAGAGCUUCAAUGAAACUUAAAAGUUAGCGCUGUUACGUACCUUGAUACUGAUGAAUAAGCUUCGUUUUUGCUCAAUUUUAAACAAAGUCAAAAUAAUGUUUUGUUAACCUGAUGAAUUUAAAAUGAAACUGAAGUGCUAGAAGACUGAAGUUGUUUUGUUGUGAUCUUCAUUCUUCAUUGUUUGUUGUACAGUCUUCACUGGGAGUCUAAUGGGUAAUUGAAGGAGAUAGUAUUUACUUAGAAAAGCAUUUAUUCCUACUUCAUUCUUAAAGGGCUUUUGUUUUCUUUUUGUAGCAGAAACCUUCAGCUCAAUUGUGUAAAUAUUAGGAAACAUUUUAUUUCUUUGCUUUUGUAAAUAAUGUAUAUCGUGUUCUAUUUUUGAGGUUGAAACAAUAUUUGAAAACUCUGCCAGCUUUUUAAAAAACAAAUUGAGGUACAUUUUAUAUUG